AUGGAGCAGCUGCGGGAUGUGCGGGAGCGGCUGCAGGCGUGGGAGCGCGCUUUUCGGCGGCGGAGCGGGCGGUUGCCGGGCCAGGAGGACGUGGAAGCGGCGCCCGAGGAGACCCGCGCGCUCUACCGGGAGUACCGCACCCUGAAGGAGGCACCGGGUCAGGCCGGCGGCGUCGGGCCUCACGGCUCGGAGCAGUCGCUUCCCGCGGCGGCGGCCGAGGAGAUGCCGGAGCCCAGCUGCUGGGGGCCCCACCUGAAUCGGGCCGCGACCCAGAGCCCCCAUCCUCCAUCAAGGCUCAGCUCUCAGGGAUCUGUGCAGGACUACGGGAAGAGGCUUAAGGCCAACCUAAAGGGCAGUCUGCAGGCUGGGCCAGCCCUGGGCCGAAUACCCCGGCUUACACGAAGAUCCUCCUCCAAGAUGCCUUCCCCAGGGCCACCAGGCACAGAAGCUGCCACCAUCUCUCCAGAAGAAGUCAGUGAGGUGCCCCCCAAGCCUCCCAGGCCUGAGCUGAGGCCAGGCCGGCCCCAGCAGUUGAGGGCAUCCCUGAGCCUGCGGCUGGGCUCCCUAGACCCAGGCUGGCUGCAGCGGUGUCACAAUGGGACCCCAGAUUUUCUGGGGGUUCCCAAGGCCUGCCAGCCUUGCCUGGGUGCAGAGGAGUCCCAGCUUCUUACUCCAGGUGUUGCAUCUGUCUUCGGUCCCAGCGCUGGCCCUGAGAUGCCUUUACAGGGCCCAAAGACUCCAACCCUACUAGCAGCUGGUAUCAGUGCAGGGACCUCUCAGCCUGGUACCCGUCAAGGCAAGAAGCGGAGAUGGAGUGGGGAGCUGGAGGGAAGCCCUGCACAGACUCAGCAGGACAGCGGCCAAGCAGGACCCCUGCCUGCGGGAGCUGGGGCUGCAGUGCCUGCGGAAGACUGUCCAGAGCAGUCUGUGCAGGCACAGCCCCCCAGCAAGCCCCCAGCCCCCAGACCUGCUGUCCAGGACAGGGGGAACUACGUACGGCUCAACAUGAAGCAGAAACGCUACGUGCGGGGCCCGGCCUCAAGGGGCAGGCUCCUUCGCAAGCAGGUAUGGAAGCAGAAGUGGCAGAAGAAACGAGAGUGUUUUGGGGGUGGUCAGCGCAGAGCCACAGCCCAGGAUUCUUGGUCCCAGUGUGAGCCAGGUGAGGCCUCUGCCCUGGGGGCUCCUGCCCCUGGUCUGGAACUUACCCUGGCCCCUCAGAAGGAGGGUGGCGAGCAUGAGGGUGGCACACAGACCCGGACCACACUCGAGGAAGUAUUCUGGAGAACGGGCGCUGCUUGUGCCUAUCCUACGCUGUCCCGUCUGCUCUCGGCAGGUGAAGAAGACGCGGAGCCUGUGGGGCCUGAGCUGCUGGUGCCCACAGGGCAGUCUGUGCCCCAGGCUCCUUGUCUGCCUCCGGUGCCACCGCUCUAUCCGCCAGGGCCUUUGGGGCAGGUGGUAGACACGCCAGCUGAGGUGCUUCAGGCCCUGGAGCAGCUGGGGCACCAAGCCUUCUACCCUUUGCAGGAGCGUGUGGUCAUGCGGAUCCUGUCUGGUGUGUCCACGUUGCUGGUACUGCCCACGGGGGCUGGUAAGUCCCUGUGCUACCAACUCCCCGCACUGCUCUACUUCCGGCGAAGCCCCUGCCUCACGCUGGUCGUCUCUCCUCUCGUGUCGCUCAUGGACAACCAGGUUUCCGGCUUGCCCCCAGGCCUGAAGGCGGUCUGCAUCCACUCGGGGAUGACCAAGAAGGAGCGGGCCUCCGCCCUGCAGAAGGUUCGGUCAGCCCAGGUGCAAGUGCUGAUGCUGUCACCAGAGGCGCUAGUUGGGGCGGGGGGCGCUGCCCUCCUCGCUCAGCUGCCACUGGUCGCCUUUGCCUGCAUCGAUGAGGCCCACUGCGUCUCCCAGUGGUCCCACAACUUCCGGCCCUGCUACCUGCGUGUCUGCCAGGUGUUGCGGGAACGCAUGGGUAUCAGCUGCUUCCUGGGCCUCACAGCCACGGCAACACGCAGCAGCGCCCUUGACGUUGCCCGGCACCUGGGCGUGGCCGAAGACUCUAUCCUCAGGGGGCCGGGCACCAUCCCUGCCAAUCUGCACCUCUCUGUGUCUUCGGACAGGGACCCAGACCAGGCUCUGGUGGCGCUGCUGCAGAGUGACCGUUUCCGUGCCCUGGACUCUGUCAUCGUCUACUGUAACAGGCGAGAGGACACGGAGCGUGUCGCUGCCCUGCUGCGCACCUGCCUGCGUGAGGCCCAGGCCCCAGGAUCCCGAGGCCGAGCCCCGGAGGCUGUGGCUGAAGCCUACCACGCCGGCAUGGGCAGCCGGGAGCGGCGGCGGGUGCAACGGGCCUUCAUGGAGGGCCGGCUGCGGGUGGUGGUGGCCACGGUGGCCUUUGGGAUGGGACUGGACCGGCCAGACGUGCGGGCCGUGCUGCACCUGGGGUUGCCCCCAAGCUUUGAGAGCUACGUGCAGGCUGUGGGCCGGGCUGGGCGUGAUGGGCAGCCUGCACACUGCCAUGUCUUCCUCCGGCCCCAGGGUGAGGAUCUGUGGGAGCUGCGCAGACAUGUUCACGCCAACGUCAUCGACUUCCUCGCCGUGAAGAGGCUGGUGCAGCACGUGUUCCCUCCUUGUGCUUGCGCCCGGCAGCCCCCAGAGCAGCAGGGAGAUGAGAGCCAGGAGAGGCACUCGGCCAAGGUCCUUGUGGCUACAUCUCAGGAUGCUGACCAUCCCAGCCUCGAGCACACAACCCGGUGCCCGGGCCACAAGCGGGCGCUCCCGGUGCAGCCAACUGUGCAAGCCCUGGAUUUGCCCGAGGAGGCCAUCGAGACUCUGCUGUGCUACCUUGAGCUGCACCCACAGCGUUGGCUGAAGCUGCUGGCGCCCACCUAUGCCUGCUGCCACCUGCGCUGCCCUGGGGGCCCCACCCAGCUCCAGGCCCUGGCCCGCAGGUGUCCCCCGCUGGCUGUGUGUCUGGCCCGGCAGUGCCCCAAGACGACAGGUGGGGGAAGUAUUUCUGUGGAGCUGGCCGUGGUCGAGCUGGCAGACUCCAUGGGCUGGGAGCUGGCCCCCGUGCGGCGGGCUCUCCACCGGCUGCGGUGGGAUCCAGAGCCCGGGACAGGUGUGCCUCAGGGCACGGGGGUGCUGGUGGAGUUCAGGGAGCUGGCCUUCCACCUGCACAGCCCCGGGGACCUGACAGCCCAGGAGAGGGACCAGAUCUGUGACUUCCUGCACGGCCGCGUGCAGGCCCGUGAGCGAGAGGCCCUGGCUCACCUGCACCGCACCUUCCGGGCUUUCCACAGUGUGGCCUUCCCCAGUUGCGGGCCGUGUCUGGAGCAGCCCGACGAGGCACGCAGCAGUAGGCUCAAGGCCCUGCUCAGCCACUACUUCGAGGAGGAGUUAGAAGCACUGGGGGGCGUGGAGGCCGAGGAGGACCCUGAACCAGGACAGGCCAGGCUCCAGGACUGGGAGGACCAGAUCCGCCGGGACAUCCGCCACCUCCUGUCCUCGUGGCCAGAGCAGCGGUUCUCGGGCAGGGCUGUGGCCCGGAUCUUCCACGGCAUCGGAAGCCCCUGCUAUCCGGCCCAGGUGUACGGGCGGGACAAGCGCUUCUGGAGAAAGUACCUGCACCUGAGCUUCCAUGCCCUCGUGCGCUUGGCCACAGAGGAGAUCCUGCUGUGA